GACUGAGAAACUUGUGGAACAAGUGAAUAGAAGUUGAGGAUAUGAUGUUCGGCCAUCGUUUCAUUUCUCAAUAGAAAUUACACAUUUCAAUUCAGAGUUGGGUGGAAAAAGCUCCGUUCCUGGCUCUCCUGUAGCUAGAUCCUCAGAAACCACGAGAAUCCUUUGUUAGAAUGGGAUUCCAUAUAAGUGAAUGCUCCAGUGAGCUGAAAAAUUUCUGGUUUUUAGUCCAUUGAGCUGAAGAUCCUUGGUAAGACUGAUUGGUUUGAUAUGUUCAACGACAGUAAAUUCUCACCCAUGCCUUUAGUUAGAGAUGUAGUUUUGGGGUAAUUGUCGCUUCACAUUUUCUUUACUCUUUCCGCGUGUUUCUUCCACAAGCGCCGCCUUAGUAAUGAAAAUGUUUUCAGCCUGUGCGUGUAAUCUCCAACCCCAGUAUGGCCCUUCAAAUAAAAGUACAGAAGAAAGAUCAACCUCGCCGUCCAUUAUUUAUUGGACUCGCUGACAUUUAACGCCGCAAAAUGGUCGAUUGCCUAUAAAGCUCGGACUGCUUGCAUUUGUGAGAAUGCAAAUCGAAGAUGAGUUCCAUAGCAGUAGGUGAUAAGCCUCACGCCGUAUGUAUUCCGGUUCCAUUUCAAAGCCAUAUCAAGGCAAUGCUGAAAUUAGCAAAACUCCUCCACCAUAGAGGCUUUCACAUAACCUUUGUCAACACAGAGUUCAAUCACAAGCGCUUUCUUAAAUCUCUCGGACCCAACUCUCUUGAUGGCUUCCCUGAUUUUCGGUUUGAAACAAUUCCUGAUAGCCUUCCAGAUUCAGAUGCAGACUCCGCCCAAGACCCCUAUUUGCUUUGUGAUUCUAUCAGAACAAAUUUUUUGGCUCCGUUUUGUAACCUUAUAAAAAAACUCAACGACAUGGCAGCUUCCAACAAUGUUAGUCUUCCGGUGUCUUGCAUUGUUUCAGACGGCCUCAUGACGUUUACUAUCACGGCUGCUGAAGAAUUUAGACUCCCUAUCGCGCUGUUUUUUACUUUAGCUGCAUCCGCAUGCAGCUUAAUGGGAUCUGAACACUAUUCUGCUUUGGUAGAAAGAGGAUUUGCACCAUUAAAAGAUGAAAGCUGUUUGACAGAUGACAUUUUGGACAAGGUAAUAGACUGGACUCCGGGAAUGAACGGUGUACGGUUAAGGGCUCUCCCCUACUGGGAUAGUGACAUCUUCCUUAACUUCACCGUUGAAGCAAUGGACAGAGCUCAUAAAGCUUCAGCUGUUGUUUUUCACACUUUUGAUGCGUUGGAGCAAGAUGUUUUGGAUGCUCUCUCAUCUAUGCUUCCACUUGUUUACGCCAUUGGCCCACUCCAACUACUUCUCAAUCAGAUACCAGAACACCCUUUGAAGCCUGUGGGAUACAGUCUAUGGAAAGAAGAAACCGAGUGUCUCCAAUGGUUAAACGCCAAGGCACCAAACUCUGUUAUUUAUGUGAAUUUCGGCAGUCUAGCAGUGAUGACACCUGAACAUGUUAUCGAGUUUGGUUGGGGACUUGCAAAUAGCAAUCAUCCCUUCCUGUGGAUAAUUAGGCCUGAUCUUGUUGCCGGGGAAACAGCAAUUUUGCCACCCGACUUUGUGGCCGACACCAAGGAAAGAGGUAUGAUAGUAAGUUGGUGCCCACAAGAGAAAGUCCUCAACCACCCAUCGGUUGGAGGGUUUUUAACACACAGUGGCUGGAACUCAACCAUUGAGAGCUUGUCUGCCGGAGUGCCUAUGCUCUGUUGGCCACUCUUCGGCGACCAGCAGACAAACUGUUACUUCACUUGCAACGAAUGGGGUAGUGGCAUGGAAAUCGAUAGUAAAGUGAAGAGAGAUGAAGUGGAGAAGCUUGUUAGAGAAUUAAUGGAGGGGGAGAAGGGCAAGAAAAUGAAAAAUAAGGCCAUAGAGUGGAAGAAACUUGCGGAAGAAGCCACCGGUCCGCAUGGUUCUUCAUCCAAAAACUUAGACAACUUGGUGAAGCAAGUGCUAUUAAAUAAUAGCGAUGUACUGCGCGACUAGAUGCGCUUCGCUGAGGCUCCUGUACUCGGUUAGCAGCAUCCUUAUGAAUAAACUGAAAACAGUAUGCUUUUUUCUGUUUGUUCCCCGCUUAAUUUGUCGGUGAAAGUAGUCGGAUUUCCUAUGUUGGAGUUAAUUGUUUAGAAGCUAGCACAAGUUGGAGAAAAUAUACAGCGAUACAGUACCAUCAGCUGGCUUUGCUGAGUAGUAGUACGUGUCCACUAAAAUUUUGCCAUGUGUACAACAAAUACACAUAAGCUUAAGCUGUUUAAACCGACGUUAUAUAAA